AUGAAUCCCAUCUUCCAUUUCACCCCCCGCAGACAUUUUUCUGUCGACCCUCACAUUGUUGUUUCCACAUUAACAGAGUCCAUACAAGCAGUCCACGCCUACACUGGCCUUCCAUGGUGGGCGUUGAUCCCCUUGACCACGUUCACGUUGAGAACAGUGUGGACGUUGCCAUUGGCGGUAUUGCAAAGAAAGCGUAUCCAGAAACAGUCGUCUCUUCGUCCGAUAGUCAGUGCCAUGAAUCCUGUGCUUAAGCUCAAUCUUGCCAAAAGAAUCCAAGGAGCCAAAAGAAAGGCAGAGCAGGCCAAAGAAAAGGUGAAGGUUUCCGAGAGCACAGACUCCAUGGCAGAAUCUUACCUCAACAUGCAAUCGCCGUUGGCUUCCAUGAAGUAUGAAGAAGUGUUGGUUUUGACAAGUAAAGAAACAAGAAAAAGACAGAAGGAAUUGUUCAAAAAGCACGAUGUGCAAUUGUGGAAAAACUUCAUCCUUCCAGCAUUCCAGAUCCCAUUGUGGGUAAGCAUGUCCUUGACCAUGAGGGACCUAUGCGGGUGGUCUACGUGGGAGAGCUUGCGCAACAAGCCCUUGGACGAAGCAUUACACACAGAAGGGCUUUUCUGGUUCAAUGAUUUGGCAGUGGCAGAUCCGUACCAUGUAUUCCCAUUAAUUCUUGGUAUUACUGCCUUGUGUAACGUGGAAUGGACCUUCAAGACCCUCGAGUUGCUGAGAUUGACCCAGAAAAGAAAGCUUCGGCCUACCAUCACUGAUGCCAUCUCCAACUUGUCGAGAAUGACAAUUGUGUUUAUGAUGGCUAUCUCGUUACACGCCCCAGCCGGGCUUUCCCUCUACUGGUUGAGUUCUCAGGUGUACUCCUUGAUCCAAAAUGUGAUAAUGGAUCUCAUGAAGCCAAUCAGCUACACACCUAACAAAAGACUCAAUUAUUCCCAGGCGAACAAAGAUGCGGUGGAUGUUGUCAAGCACGGUACUCCAGCCGAGGUUGUUGUCAAGGAAGCAAACUGA